UUCGGGCCAAGCGACCGGUGGUGCUGGCGAAGGGUCUGGGCUCUGUCGCCGCAGGUGGGAGGGCCGCCUCUGCCUGGGUGCUCGGCGCCAUGAGCAAACGCAUCCGGUCCUGCCCCAGGUCAAAGGCCCGAAUGUGGGAGGACGCCGGCCAGGAAGCAGCCAACGAGCCAGAGCCGCAGAGGAAAACUGGCUCCUUCCUCUCCCGCCUCAGACCGUGUGAUUUUUCCCUAAUGUUGAAAACCCAAUGUGAAUGAACCCCUCGGAAACGUUUCUGUAAUGGUUUAUGAGAACAAAAAGCAAAAGGAGGAUGGACUCAGGCAAGUUCUGGAGGAGAUGAAAGCUUUAUAUGAACAAAACCAGUCUGAUGUAAAUGAAGUGAAGUCGGGUGGACGAAGUGACUUGAUAACAACCAUCAAGUUUCGACACUGUUCUUUGUUAAGAAAUCGACGCUGUGCUGUAGCGUACCUGUAUGACCGAUUGCUUCGGAUCAGAGCACUCAGGUGGGAGUACGGCAGCAUCCUGCCCAAUGCCUUACGAUUUCACAUGUCUGCUGAAGAAAUGGAGUGGUUCAAUCAUUAUAAAAAGUCCCUUGCUACUUAUAUGAGGUCACUGGGAGGAGAUGAAGGUUUGGACAUCACACAGGAUAUGAAACCUCCAAAAAGCCUAUAUAUAGAGGUGCGGUGUAUAAAAGACUACGGAGAAUUUGAAGUUGAUGAUGGUACUUCAGUCCUAUUAAAAAAAAAUAGCCAGCACUUCUUGCCCCGGUGGAAGUGUGAGCAGCUGGUUAGACAGGGCGUUCUGGAGCACGUGCUGUCCUGACGUUGUGCUGAGGCCCCGCCAGGCUGCCCUGUGGUACGAGGGAGGCCACACCACAGAAGAGUGUUACACGUCCUCUCCAGCCUCACCUCUUUGGUUUUAAAGGUCACAGACGUUCUUUACGAUAACCAGGAGUAUCUGGCUAAGGAGUGGGUUUGUUUUUCUUUUGUACAGGAUUCAUCCUCCUCUUUGUAAUAAACUGUAAGCUGUUAUCUAUAAUUACAACAUGCCUACAGUUACUACAGUGGUUUUUUUGACAAUGUUUUUUUUUAAUGAAAGUAAACAUUUGUUAACAUUUGAUUUUUCUUUUUUCCCCCGGUAACGACUAUUUUUUCAGUGAACCUUUCUAGCCCAUGGUAUAGGAUACUGUCUUAAAGUACAAAUCCAAGGAAGGUAAUACCUUUCCUAAGUUACAAAACUUUGGCAAAUUAAUACAGUACUCUUUAAUAUAAUAAAAUCCUUUUUUGUUGUUGCCGGGGUCAUGUGUUACUUUAGUGAUAAUUUUCACUCCAAAAAUGUCAUUUAAGUACCAAAACACUGUGCUUUAUAAUGGUGCCUUAUAGCAGAACAAGUUAUUUUAU